CCGCUUGGAGCGAGCGGAGAGCUGCAUGAGUUUGUAAUGUCCGCCAUGUUGGCCAUGGCGUAUUGAACCGGGGAGGAACAGCGGAGCCUAGGAGAGAAAGAGACCGACAGAGAGCGACCGAGACCCGGGCCUGCCCGGCUCUGUUCGCGCUGCUACGGACCUCAAGCCUGCCCUCAAUCGACCGGCUGACUCAGAGACCGUCACAGAUUCAUCCAUGAGAACUCGAGGCAGACCUGCUGUUAUUCCUAGCAGACCGAAUAGAUUUAUGCUGCAUCUUUUAUUAUAAAAAAUGAGUAAAUUGUCGUUUCGGGCACGGGCGCUGGAUGCUAGUAAGCCCCUGCCCGUCUUCCGCUGCGAGGAUUUGCCGGACCUGCACGAGUAUGCCUCAAUCAACCGGGCAGUGCCGCAGAUGCCGACUGGGAUGGAAAAAGAGGAGGAAUCGGAGCACCAUCUCCAGCGGGCCAUCUCGGCGCAGCAGGUAUAUGGCGAGAAGCGGGACAACAUGGUUAUCCCCGUCCCCGAGGCAGAGUGCAACAUCACGCACUACGAGUCCCUCUACCCCGGGGAGUUCAAAAUGCCAAAGCAGCUUAUUCACAUACAGCCUUUCAGUUUGGAUACAGAGCAGCCAGACUACGACCUAGAUUCAGAGGAUGACACGUUUGUGAAUAAGCUGAAAAAGAAAAUGGAAAUCACCGCCCUGCAGUUUGAAGAAAUGAUAGACCGACUGGAGAAAGGCAGUGGACAGCAGCUCGUCACUCUCCAGGAAGCCAAGCUGCUGCUGAAGGAGGACGAUGAGCUGAUCAAGGAGGUGUUUGACUACUGGAGCCGCAAGAGGAAAACCUGUAAGGGUGGCUGCCUCAUCCCCAACGUCAAGCAGGAGAAGAGGGAUGGAUCUAGCACCAGCGACCCUUAUGUGGCCUUCCGCCGACGGACAGAGAAGAUGCAGACCAGGAAGAAUCGCAAGAACGACGAGGCGUCAUACGAGAAGAUGCUGAAGCUGCGCAGGGACCUGAGCCGAGCCGUCACUAUCCUGGAGAUGAUCAAAAGGAGGGAGAAGAGCAAGAGGGAACUGCUGCACCUCACACUGGAAAUCGUGGAGAAGAGGAAUGCAAUGCCAGACUUUGGCAGUGAGGUGAUGGCAGAAGCACUGGCACAGCGAGCCCUGGUGAAGCCUGUCUACACCAUCCCCAUCAUUCCCCUGUCCAGCAGUAACCAAUACAGACACCAGGACCAUUUGGACAUGAAGGACUACAAGAAGCCCGAGAAGACGGAGGCGGUGCGAACCAAAAGGAAAUACGAGAAGAAACCCAAAAUCCCUCCACUGUCGGCGCCUCAACAUUCGGGGCCCUCUGUGUUCAAUCCCAAGGACCUCAACCAGUAUGAUUUCCCCAGCUCAGACGACGAACGAUUCUCACAGAUCCAUUCAGGUUCUUCAGAAGCAGAAGAGGAGAAUGACCCAGAUGGCUGCUAUGCGUUCAGAAGGAAGGCCGGCUGUCAGUACUACGCUUCUCGACCGGAUGAGAGCGGCAGCUGGCCCUGGGUGAGCCCGACGGAGGGCGGGCUCGGUGACCCACGCUUCCGCUACUGUCUGACCUCGCUGAACGUGCCACGGCGCUGCAUAGGUCUGGCACGACGUCGCGUGGGCAGAGGGGGCAGGAUCUUGUUGGACAGAGCGCACACAGAUGUCGACAGCAUCUGCCAGAGCCUGGACUCCGACCCAGAGCCCGAACCACUCGCCUCGCCACUUCCAAGCUCUCCGCUCCGCAACUCCAACGCCAGUACCUCAGAAACCAAUACCUCGGACCCAACCAGCUCCUCCCACCUUCCCCCAUCUUCAUCCCCCCUGUCGUCAUCGACUCCCAUGGACCUCAGCCAGAUUCUUUUGAACAUUAAAGCUUGCCGCUGGAGGCACUUCAGACCACGGACGCUAUCCCAUCACCCUUUGGGUGGAGGAGACUUGUCUCGCAGAGGAUUUAGGGAUUUUAGCCGGACGGUGUCAGGACUAACCCGGACCCUGUCUGGAGGAGCCAGCUCCCAGAACCGCACCGGCCCAGCCACCACUCCUGUCAAUGUGUUCACAGCCGAGCAGUACCGGCAGCACCAGGAGCAGCUGGCCCUCAUGCAGAAGCAGCAGCUGGAGCAGAGCCAACAGCAGCAACAAGCCAACACCCCUGCAACAGCUACCACCGCACAGGCGCUUGCGUCCAAGACGUUGGACCAGGCCAGCGCUCAGUUUGCUGCUUCAGCCCUCGUCACCACGGAUCAGCUGCUGGCUUUCAAGUCCAAAGAGGAGCUCGUGCUGGCAAGUGGAGUCAACGGGGUUCUGACAGGUGCAGGUGUUUUCAAAGGCCUGCACCUCUCCAGCACCACGGCAGCCCUCCACCAGACCAACCAGUCUACACACACUACCACCGCCACAGCCCCCACUUUCCUCCAGCCCUCCUCCAACUCGGCCACCCCCGCGCCCGCCAACGCCGUCCCCGCCUCCCUCAACUCCACCCCCGGUGCUCACGCAGCAGCAGCGCUGGGGCUUUUGGGAUGCAGCGCUGCCAGUGCCACCCCCGCCACCACUCAGGUCCUCAUCGGGAACAACAUCUGUCUGAGCGUGCCGUCGGCCGCCAGCCUGGCCGGACGCCACAUCCCCCGGACCCUCGGCAAUGUGCCACCCUCUGCCUUAAAGCUGUCCACCACCACCAACCUGCAGAUGCCCAAAGUCUCUGGAGCAUCAUCCAUGGACAUGGGCUCCAGGGAUAAUCACGACGAAGACAAGCCAGCACUGAACAGUAUAGCAGACAACACAGUGGCCAUGGAGGUGACGUAGUAGCGGUGCAGCGGGGAGUCCACUCUUCAGGUGCUGUGCAUCGUAGCAUCGGGAAUGCAAAAGGGACAGCAGGACUCUGAGCAGACGAGGCGGAACGACGCUUGCAAUUCUCAUCUCUCAUACUUUUUAAAAACCUUUUGUUUUUUUUGUUACUGUUAAAAGUAAAAAAAUAAAAUAAAAAAUAUCGACACCUGUAAAUUAUGAAUAUGGCAAAAUUAGUAUCUGUACAGUAACUACAUAUUUGUAAUAUCCCCCCCAGCCCCUCUUGUAUAUAUUACUUGAAUACAGAACUGUCCAUUUGUGAUGUUUUGCACUUGGGAGUCAAACUUAAAGGAUAAAAAAAAAGCAAAAGCCAAGUAACUUGUGGCGAGUGUGAGAGAUGUGGGAGUUGUAUAGAAGAGUUUUAUCACAUCAUGUGCAUGGUGCGGAGCCUGCUGUUUUUAUCUAUUUAUUGUGCUGUGUUUACAGUUUUUUGUUUGUUUUAUUUUUUCGGUUUGUUUUUUUUUUGUUUGUUUUUGAUUUUUUUAUUUGUACACUGUACCUUCGUUGGUUCCUGUGCUGUAGUAAAUGUUAGGUAGCUACGGACUCCUGGGUAUUUUUGUAUAUUGUGAACACAAAGCAGGUUCCUCCCCAACCAACCCACCCUUCCUAUGUUUAUUUUGGGUCCCUGUGCUUCUUCUUCUUCUCUGUGGAUCAUGUGAAAUCAGUGGUGACAUACAUACAGACCAGGAGAAAACAGGAGGAGGCGGUGUGUCGGCUGGUGACCAUGGAUUCCCUGGAAAAGAGGCGCUUUCCUCUCUUCCAGGGAGCUAAGCAUCAUCCCAAAACACAAGUAACAAAACAGGGAUGAAGUCUCUUCCCAGAAGUUUGCUGCUUCUGAUUUAAGCACUAUUUUUCUUUAUUUUUGUUCAUGUUUUUUUUAAAUAUCAAUGCUGCUUUUGUAUUUGUUUUUAAAGAGGGGGGUUGUCCUUCAUUUUCAUGCAAGCGGACUCCUCCCCCCCUUAGUUUUUUUUGUAAUCGUUUUAUCCGACAAACGUUUUUGUAAAACAAAAAUUCAGUUAUUUUUGUAUCUUUUUUCCUCACCUCGUUCUUGUGGUCAAACUCGAUUGUGAGCUUUUCGUUUGUUGAAAGACUUCAUUCUUCGGUGCGUUUGUUACUUGUUCAUGCAUAGGUGAUAAGAAGGGAGGCGAAUGGGCAGUAAUCGCUGUACGUGUUUCAUCAUUCCAGUUUUUAAUAACAAAAAAAUGCUAAUGAGGGGGACGGAGGCGGGGGGGAUCGUGAGAAGACGGCAGUUUGCCCGCCCCCUCACCUCUUCCUCUUUUUUUCUUUAUGUUCUUGUUUUCUUUGAAAAAAGAAAAUCUCCAGACGGCUGCAAGGCCAAAAACCACAAGUAUUUGGGUGCCUUCCUUUGGGGAAUUUAAUGUACUCUCUUCUGUGAAGAGUUAGGCACAAAGGCAGCAUUACUUAGUAGUGCUUCUCGUCUUUGUCAGAAUCUGAAUGCCCAGUCCAAUGGCAGGAUAUAUCCUUGAGGUUUACUUGUCCCACCUGGAGGCUGAAAAGACUAAAAAAAAAUGUGACAGAACUCUCACUAAAAUAAGACAAUAAAGCCCAGGGCAUUAAAUGUGAA